AUGCUGCCACCAUCACGCCGCCUCCGUUAUCCCUCCCUCUCCGGUGAACUCAACGCGACAACAAACAGCAACCCCGGACGCCGCCUCCGUCUUUCCUCACCUCUAAUUCAUCACAUCCUCACCGAAGUUGAUGACCGGCGAGAUCACUGGGGCAGGUCACCGGCCGCGCGACUCCGGCGACAUAGGGUGGCUUUGGGCGUCGAUGACAGGGAGACCAAGUGGGUAAGGUCUAAGGCCAGGGAUGUGGAUGGUUACAAGCUUUGGUACUCGGGGAGUGAUAGGCGUAGGAAUGGAGUAGGCAUCUUAGUAGAUGAAGAACUUAGAGGGCAAGUAGUGGAGAUUAAGAGGGUUAACGAUAGGCUGAUGACGAUUAAGUUAGUCAUUGGGGGGUGUACUUUGAACGUGUGUAGUUUUUAUGCGCCUCAGGUGGGCUUGGACGAAGAGGAGAAGAAGCGGUUUUGGGAGGCUUUGGACGAGGUGGUACAAGGCGUGCCUCGCUCUGAAAAAAUUGUUGUAGCAGGGGAUUUCAAUGGUCACAUCGGGAUGGUACCGGGGGGCUAUGGCGAUAUGCAUGAGGGUUAUAGUUUUACGGAGAGAAAUGAUUAUGGAGUUGUUUUAUUGGAUUUUGUGAGGGUCUUUGGGUUGAUAGUAGUAAAUUCGAGCUUUUCGAAGAAGGAGGAUCACCUGGACACCUUUCGAAGCGCAAUAGCUAAGACGCAGAUUGAUUUUCUGUUGCUUCGAAAGGGGGCUAGGGUGCUGUGCAAGGACUGUAAAGUCAUCCCGAGUGAGAACCUUUCGUCUCAUCACAGGCUUCUGAUAGAGGAGAAGGUGGCGGAGAUGGAGGUGUGGGAAUGUAGGAGCGGCGUGGAUGGUAUAUGGGAUAGGGCUGCUAGGUGUAUUAGAGAGACAGCUAGAAAGAUGUUGGGUGUCUCGAGGGGCCGGGACGCUCAUAUUAAGAGAAGAUGGCAGUCGUAUUUUCAAAUACUUCUGAAUGAUGAGGGAGACAGAGACAUUGUGCUAGGGGAGCUGGAGCACUCAGAGAGGUGUUGCGAUUUCAGGUAUUGUAGGCGUUUUAAGGUGGAGAAGGUCAGUGAGGCUAUUUGCAGAAUGCGGAGGGGUAGGGCGACAGGGCUAGACGAGAUCCCUGUGGAUUUUUGGAAGUUUGUUGGCAGGGCUGGUUUAAGGUGA